AACUCGUAGUUCUAUUAUGGUCCCUUUUGCUGUUCCAAGUGAUGGACUACUAAAUGCUGAUGCUGUACGGAUGGUAUUCGUUUCAUUAGCUGCAUUGAUGAUUAUUACACUAGAACUGAUUCAACCAUCAACAAUAUAUACAGUUAGCGAUGAUACCAACCCGUUAUCAACCUGGAUUCCACCAGCCCUAGCCGGUUUAUUAAUAGGCGUAUUGAAAACUGUUGCGAUUAUAGUAGGUAGUGAAUAUAGCACAAUGAAUGGUGAAUGGUUAUUGACGAUAUUUUCUAGAAGUUAUGAUUUUAACGCAUGGUCGUUGCAAAAUGUUAGAAAUAAUGAUUGUCCUGGUCAGAUACUUAAUGUAAUCGCCAUGGUGGCCGGAGCAAAACUCUCUUUAAUCACCAGUGCUGUUGAGAUAUUACCAAUAAUUGAUCCAUUGUUAUAUUUGAUGGUGAUCCUUGGCUCGUUUUGUGGUACACUCGGUAUCUGUUUAACAUCAACGACAUUUACCGAUCAUUUUUUCUUAGCUUGUA